AUGGGGGUCGCAUGGGGGCUCCCCAUCCAUCCAGAUGACUUCAGAGACCGCCUCCCUCCGGAGCGAGGGCCGCACGGGGGUCUCCAUGGCAUCGAGGCGGGGAUGGGGGCCAGGCAAUUGCGUAGCCCAGCCAUACUGGGAGGGGUGCAGCGACCACCGCCUCCCCCACACCGCAGCGCAAGGGGACCCAUAGCCCAGAUCCCCCGUAAGGGGCGAGGGUCGCACAGGGCUCCCCCCCCUCCGGCCCCCCGGGACCCGCCACAGGGCGCCCCCAAGCGGCCGCCACGGGGAGGGGGCGAGCGGCACCGGCCACGCCCCUUCGUGGGGCGUCGGCCACGCCCCCUCCCGCAAGGCGCGCACCCCCCUCCCCCCCGGGGGCUCACCCACCCCCCCACCCCCGGUACCCGCGCCGCACGCGCCGGCCCCGCCCCCUCCUCGAGGUGCCCCAAGGCCGGCCUGUGGCCCCAUCCGCACCUCCCGGGACACCGCCGGGGCACGCCCGCGACCACCACCGCUCGUACCUGGCUCUCCCGGUGCUGCGCCGCCCGCUCUACCCAGAACCCGGAUUCGGGUCGCGGCCCCUUUAAAUGGAGGCGCCGCUCGGAGCCCUCACCGCGCUGCAACCCGACGGGGGGGCGGCGGCGGGGCCCUAUUGGCUGCGCGGAGCGAGGGACGCGCUCUCAUUGGCCGCGGUGGGGCCUGGGCUCGCGAGACUCGUUCGCGAGCGGCUGCCGCGGAAACGCGGAGCGGAGCCCCGAGCGCGGGAUCGGCGCCACAGCCCGGACCGCGACGGGCGGCUGGAAAACCUGGGGCGGAUCCACCUGGCGGAGCGGGUCCAGGCGGGCAGGCAGCACGGAGCCGGGCGCGGGCGACGGCCGCGGUCUGGCGGGGCACGGCGGCGUGCGGGGGGGGAGCACGGCGGGGGGCGCGGGCCGGAACGGGGCGCCCCGAUUCCCGCCGGUGCCCUUGCGGCCACCCGCAAAGCGCGGAGCGGAUCGUACGGAAUGGGCUCGCCACCCCGCUCCCCGCCCCCCCCUUAACCCCCUCGCUGCUGCCUCUCCCGGCCCCAGCCCCGCCGUCGUCCCGGGGGGUCCGGUCCGGCCGCACCGCCACGGCCUCUACCUGCACGCGGGGGGACCCACCCGGCCGAACCCGGGCGCCGCCACCGCCUCCCCGAAGCUGGAGCGUCUCCCCGGGGCGGUGAGUGACAGCGCGGCCGGGCGGGGCUUCCGCGGGGGCCCGGGACGCGGCACCGCCCCCAGGAGGGACCGCCUGGCCAUGACAGCGCCCACCCGGCCUCGCCGCCCGCGGCACCCCUGCCCCUUCCCGCCUCCACCCGUGCCCCCCGCGCUGCUCCGCCCCACCAGCCUCGGCCCCCCUCCCCGGGGGCUCCUCUGCCGGCGGGACCUGCCCCCCGCCCCAUCUCAGCGGGGCAGCAUCGCCCCCUCCGCUCCACUGGAGGGCUCUGCCAUCGCUCCCGCCCCCGGGAACCUGCGGUCUCGCAGCCUGCGGGCUCACGGCGUGCCGGGGCUGAGCGUGGGCUGGGACCCGGGGGCACAGCCGGGAGCGGAGCUGCGGGGAAGCGGGCACUUCGCAAGGGCUGAGAGGCGCCCGGGGGGAUACGACCGCGCUCCCAGGGGCAGGGCAGGGCACGGCGGGACCCUUCUGCCGAGCCGCAUCGAGCCGCCUUCUCCCCCGCUGCGGGGCAGGGUCCGGACGACGAGGGCGAGCCUGCGGCUGGACACGGCAAGGAGCGGGCACGAGGCUGGAGGGCACCUGGAGGAGACCGGAUCGGCACACGCCGGCCCCGCGGUGCUGCCCGGGCUCCGGUGCUCACUGGCCAGGGUGGAGAAGCCCAGCCCGGAACCGCCCCGGUGCCGUCCCGGGCGCACGUCGGGGGGCGCGGCGGGGCGGCACGCGCUCGGCGCCGCCGCUGGCCCUUUAAAAGCGCGCGGCCCCCGCACGCACACACCGCGCCUGCGCGCCGCACGCGGGGCCGCUCGCGGCGCUCCCUUUGUCCCUCGCUCGCCUCUCACCCAAGCUUGGUGCCCGCCGCCGUGA